AUACUGAUUUGACAGAUUCUACGUCUCGACAGCGAGGGACUGUUCUGUCCAGUAUUUCAGCUUUUCAUUUUUUCUCAGAACCUAUUUUUCUUGGUCUUUGAUCCAAAAUGAAUACUGUGUAUCCUAUACUUUUUGUGAUUAUUUUUGUACAAUUAGCAUUCACAGCACCAGCUAAUAAGGAAGAUGAUUAUUAUGUGUAUGGUAUGGAAGUGGAUUCUCUUGGUCCAGAAUUUCUUUCUGAAUAUGGAGAUGAGCCACAAGAAUUUAAGCAAGCACAGAAGCUAAAAGAAGUGUUCAUCUCAAGGCGUGAUGAUACAGACACAAAUCAUGAAGUGCAAGUUUCACGUGUUAUCAGGUCUCCAACAAUGGCGCCAGACGCAGAUAAUUCGCCUGCUGACUUGCCAACUUGCCUUCUGUGUGUUUGCCUAACUGGUUCUGUAUAUUGUGAUGAGACUGAAAUAGAAGAAAUCCCAAUUUUGCCAAAGGAAACAUCAUAUAUCUAUGCACGAUUCAACGCUAUCAAAAAAAUCACUGUAAAAAAUUUCGCUGAUUUCCCAACUUUGAAAAGGAUCGACCUAAGUGGCAACCAAAUUACUGAAAUAGAAGAUAAGGCCUUCUCACAACUUCCAGAACUGGAGCAUUUGACACUUUCUGAAAACAACCUGAUCCGUUUGCCUGCUUUACCACCAAAACUUGAAACACUGAGCGCACAAUACAACCGCAUCAAAAGCAAUGGAAUAAAACGCAAUGCUUUUAAGAACUUGUCAAAUCUGCGGAAUCUUUAUCUGGGAUAUAAUCGACUGGACAAAGUACCUGCUAAUUUGCCUCAGAGCCUUCAUAUACUUCACUUACAGCACAACAAUAUAUCUUCUAUUACGGAUAAUACGUUUUGUAAACCCAUGGAUGCCAGUUAUAUUCGAAGACAACUGACUGAGAUACGGCUUGAAGAAAAUCCUAUCAAUUUGGCAGAAUACCCCAAUGGUUACAUUUGUUUGCCAAGACUGCCUAUUGGGAGGCCAUAUUUUGGGAGGCCAUAUUUUGGGAGAGUACAUUAAUCCCCAAAAAUAUUAACCCUUAAUCAGAAACUACUUGGUUAUGGGAGAUGGUUAUGUGAGAAUACCAGAGUAAAUUCAUGGUUUUAGCAUUGUAUCUGUGAACUCUUUAAUAUUAUACUCACAUCAUACCAACAUUCUUAUAUUUAGCAACAUACUGCUUUUUCUCAAAAUAAUUUAAUACCCAAGUUUUAUUUCAUGACAUUGGAAAAUUCAUAAUUCAUUUGCUGCAAAAAUAAUGCAAUUGCAAGUUUUUAAUUGUUUACUUAUAAUUGAUUCAAGUUACAGAUAUUAACAUGUGACUUAAUUCCUCAAAUUCAAUAAUCUAUUGAACUGCAUUUAAGUCAAGAUCACAUGCAACUUAACAUAUGGUUCCGUGUGUGACCAUUUUACAAUGAUAUAGCUACACACCACUUGUAAACGUGAACUUUCCUUACAUGAUUCUAUUUAUUUAAAAAAAUAAGAGAAUCUAAGGAAACAGUUUUGUACAUAUAAUUUUAAAUAAAUAGAGCAAAAGAAACAUAUCAUACAGUUUAAAAAUGGAAUCCCAUUUAUCUGUUAUUAUACCCAUUAGAAACUAUCACUUAAUUUAUCACCUUUCCAACAAACUUCCACUCUCCUUCUCUGGUCUAUAAUGUCGUAACCGUCUAAAUCGUAAAAUUUAUAUAAUACAUAGGAACUACAACUUGGACAUUGUAUGCCUAAAAAAAGCUACAAUAAAUAAUUUUAAUUCAGCA